AUGCCUCCUUCCCGCCUCGCCCGCCUUCCCCCAUGGAUGAGCCACUGGCUGGGUUAUCGCCCAGAGACGCCAGCGCCAUUAAACAAGUACAUUGUGGCAGGCUGGUCCUUCCUAGCCGCGUUCUGCGGUCUGUCCCUCGUGCAGGGCAUCUUCAACUACUCAGACUAUUUUAAAGAACGCCAUGUGCCGGGCAUCGUCGCAUCCUUUGGCGCAUCAGCAGUCCUAGUCUUUGGUGCCAUCGAGGUACCCCUGGCGCAGCCGCGCUCCCUAGUUUUCGGCCACUUUUUCAGCGCUCUGGUCGGUAUCUGUGUCAUAAAACUGUUCAGCCUCAUGCCUGAUGCUGAGCGCUUCGAGUCACUGCGCUGGCUAGCCGCCUCCCUUUCUACUGCCCUUGCUAUCGUCGUCAUGCAGCUAACCGGCACUACACACCCACCCGCCGGUGCCACAGCCCUACUUCCGGCCAUUGAUGACGCGAUCUAUCAACUGUCUUGGUACUUUUUACCUGUGAUCUUGCUGUCGUCGAUGUUGCUUUUGGUGUGUGCCUUGCUCAUCAACAACUUGCAUCGUCGAUACCCUGUUUUCUGGAUUGCGCCUUCUGCCCCGGCGAAACCUGCGCCAGCGCCGGUGCCGGUGGAGAAUCUUGUACAGGACUAUGAUAAGCCUACUAAGGCAUCAGUUUAA